GGUACUCUAAACUAAACCAGAAAGAACCUCCUUUUAUAUAUUAACCUGCCAUAAACCCAAGGAUCUAUUCCUCUCUUUCUUAAAAGGACCUUUCCCAUUAAAAAUUCUGAUCAAAAGCGAGCGCUGAGAACAGCACAUCUUCACACUCACAGCACUAACAAAAUGAGCAGGCCUACUGUUACUGAGAAGGUAUUUGCAAUCUCCAUUGUGCUUCUUGCCAUGAUCUCACCAUUAUAUAUUGGUAAGAAAGCUGCAGAGGAAGACGAAGAUGAAGAGAACAGAAGCUUGAGCUUCUGGUUGCCAUUACUUCUCAUUUUGCUGAUCUCUUGUAUCAGUCUCACAUGCUUCAUGGACCAGAGAUUUCUGAGGUUUGAUCCUUACUGGAUUCACCGAGUAGGAGGUUCUUCGUGUGGGAUAUUCACCUUUCUCUUGGUACUUGGGUUUGUUUUGAAGUGUAAGGCUUCUUUUGGAACUUGAAUGCCAUGAGAUGAUUAAUUAGUUUGGAACUGGUGAAGAUAUGUUAUGUAUAAGUCUACCAUCUGGCUUGGAAUUUGAGGAUGAUUAGGUUACUUUCUUUUUGCCUGCUUUAUUUUCAGAAAAUAAUGAAUUCAGCUAAAAGAAGUUUGUUGUUA